UCGGGUGGCAGCACUGGUGGAAAUAGACAAAUCAUAACACGUCGUGUGUGUGUGCGGGGUUGGUUUAUUUAUUUAUUAAAAUUAAGUGAAUGCACAUAGGAUAUGUCCGACGAAAAUAGUCAUGGCAAGGAGUACACCUUGGAGGCGGACUCCGAGUUACGUUUCGAAAUAGAGCAAAAAGACGCCAAAGUUCUAGUUACGCUACUUAGUGGAUUUGCUGAACUUUUUGGCACAGAAUUGGUAAAGAAAAAGAAAUAUGAGUUUGGAGUCGGCGCCAAAGUGGCCAUAUUUACCUACCAAGGCUGCGUGCUGCACGUGUCUGGCAAAAUGGAUGUGUGCUACAUGUCCAAGGAGACUCCCAUGGUUCAAUAUGUCAACUGUCACGCUGCAUUAGAACAGUUUCGCAGCGAGGCCGAAGAACGAGACAAACGCGGACCCGUUGUAAUGGUCGUAGGGCCCAUGGAUGUUGGAAAGAGCACACUAUGUCGCAUUCUGUUGAACUAUGCGGUACGUGUGGGAAGGCGUCCACUGUACGCUGAUCUCGAUGUCGGCCAGGGCGCCAUUUCCAUUUCUGGUAAUAUUGCGACAAUUCUAAUUGAACGACCCGCCAGCAUUGAGGAGGGAUUUGCAAAGACAGCGCCCUUGGUUUAUCACUUUGGCCACAAAAGUCCUAGUAGCAAUAGUGUUCUCUACAAUUCGGUCGUAUCGAAAAUGGCCGAAGUCACAUUGCAGUCGAUGGAUUCCAAUAAGCGCACCAAAAGCUCCGGCAUCAUUGUCAACACCUGCGGCUGGGUGAAGGGCUCCGGCUACGAGCAUUUGCUGCAUUCCGCCCGUGCCUAUCGCGCCCGUGCUAUUUUCGUGUUGGAUCAGGAGCGUUUGUACAAUGAUUUAUUGCGCGAUGUUCCAUCUAACGUGCAUGUUGUGCUGCUGCCCAAGAGCGGCGGCGUUGUUGAGCGCAGCAAGGGAUUGCGUCACGAGUCUCGCGAACAACGCAUCAAGGAAUACUUUUAUGGAAAUCCACGUACGCCAUUCUAUCCUUUUUCGUUUGAAGUUAAGUUCCAGGACCUGCGCCUGUUUAAAAUUGGCGCUCCGCCGCUGCCCGAUUCCUGUAUGCCCAUUGGCAUGAAAGCAGAGGAUAAUAAAAAGAAGGUUGUCGCUGUAACGCCCACUCAAGCACUUCUCCAUCACAUUCUCACAUUGAGCUUUGCCGAGUCUACGGACGAUGAUGUCAUUGGUACUAAUAUUGCCGGAUUUUGUUGUGUCACUGAUGUGGACAUGGAGCGGCAAUCGGUUAUGCUGCUAUCACCGCAACCGAGACCGUUGCCGCCAAAUUCGCUGCUCUUGUGGUCGGAGUUGCAGUUUAUGGACAAUCAUGCCUAGCGUUUGCUCAAUUUAGACUGAAUUAAAUUUUGUUAUACGUGUACAAAGAUUUUCAUUAAAUAAAACAAUGUAAUUUAAAUAUUA